CCAACUGCGACGAGGGCUCGCGUUUGCGCCUCCUCCCGCCCGCCCGCCCCCUCUCCCGCCCGGGAGGACGGCCCCAGUUCCAGGCUCGGGCUGGUUGACGCUGCGACCGAGGAUUGUAUUUAUAUGCCAACUGCCUCCGUCUCGCCAGAGUUUCCACUUGGGCACGGGCGAAGGAGGCUGGUUUUCCCAGUCCCCGUUCCUAACUGCACCUGCCUCUCCGGAUCACCUCUGGGAAUCUGGGGGAGGAGCCGAGUGGGUGGGAAACGUCGCUUCGCUUCGCAAAAGGAGGAAAACUUUGUCACCCAGCUGGAGACGUCUGCCACGCGUAACGCGGAGAGAGAGAGAGACCCGGACCCGGACCGCCAGUGGCUUUUUGACUCGGCAUCUGGCGAGCCCUUCAGAGGAAAAGGACGCGAGCUCGGCGCUCACGCCGACCGCCAUCCCUCUCGGGCGGCGGGCGGCGGCCAGAGCUACCUGCUCCGCCCUCCCGCCCCGCGGAAGUCCCCACGCGGUGUCUUCAAGGGGAAGGACGGUAACAACGAGCGCGCGGCUCGGGGCCGACGGCAGAGGCCGGGCUGGGAAGGGGAGAGAGAGGACUGUAUUCCAGGCACGAGUCACCCGGAAUUAACUUCUGGAGAAAGUUAUGGGAAGCGCGGCCAUGGACACCAAGAAGAAGAAAGACGUUGCCAGCCCCGGCGGGAGCAGCGGCAAGAAGCACCCCGGCCAGAAGAGGCGGUCGCUGCGGGUGCACAUCCCGGACCUGAGUUCCUUUGCCAUGCCUCUCCUGGAUGGAGACCUGGAGAGUUCAGAAAAGCAUUCUCAUAAGGUGGACAGCCCCUUCGGCUCGGGCAGCCCCUCCAAAGGGUUCUUCUCCAGAGGCCCCCAGCACCGGCCCUCCAGCCCCGUGUCUGCUCCCGUGAGGCCCAAGACCAGCCCGGGGUCUCCCAAAACCGUGUUCCCGUUCUCCUACCAGGAGUCCCCACCGCGCUCCCCACGUCGCAUGAGCUUCACUGGGAUCUUCCGCUCCUCGUCCAAAGAGGCUUCUCCCACCUCCAACCCGUCUACCUCGCCCGGGGGCAUCCGGUUCUUCUCCCGCUCCAGAAAAACUUCCGGCCUGUCUUCCUCCCCGUCCACGCCCACCCAAGUGACCAAGCAGCACACAUUUCCUCUCGAAUCCUAUAAGCAUGAGCCUGAGCGACUGGAAAAUCGGAUCUAUGCCUCGUGUUCCCCUCCGGACACAGGCCAGAGAUUCUGCCCAUCCUCCUUCCAGAGUUCAGCCAGGCCUCCGUCUGCAUCGCCGACACACUAUGCUCUCUACAAAACCGCGGCGCUGGCGGCGGCCCCGGGACCCGCGGAAGCCGGCAUGCUGGAGAAAUUCGAGUUGGAGGAAGAAGCAGAAGACUCAGAAAGUGGCGUUUACAUGCGAUUUAUGAGGUCACACAAGUGUUAUGACAUUGUCCCAACCAGUUCAAAGCUUGUUGUCUUUGACACGACAUUACAAGUUAAAAAGGCUUUCUUUGCCUUAGUAGCCAAUGGUGUUCGUGCAGCGCCUCUGUGGGAGAGUAAAAAGCAGAGUUUUGUAGGAAUGCUAACAAUUACAGAUUUCAUAAAUAUACUACAUAGAUACUAUAAAUCACCUAUGGUACAGAUUUAUGAAUUAGAGGAACAUAAAAUUGAAACAUGGAGGGAGCUUUAUUUACAAGAAACAUUUAAGCCUUUAGUGAAUAUAUCUCCAGAUGCAAGCCUCUUCGAUGCUGUAUACUCGUUGAUCAAAAAUAAAAUCCACAGAUUGCCAGUUAUUGAUCCUCUCAGUGGGAAUGCACUUUACAUACUUACCCACAAAAGAAUCCUCAAGUUUCUCCAGCUUUUUAUGUCUGACAUGCCAAAACCUGCCUUCAUGAAGCAGAACCUGGAUGCACUUGGAAUUGGGACCUACCACAACAUUGCCUUCAUACACCCGGACACGCCCAUCAUUAAAGCCCUGAACGUCUUUGUGGAAAGACGAGUGUCCGCUUUGCCUGUUGUGGAUGAGUCAGGAAAAGUUGUAGAUAUUUAUUCCAAAUUUGAUGUAAUUAACCUUGCUGCUGAAAAAACAUACAAUAACCUAGAUAUCACGGUGACCCAGGCGCUUCAGCACCGUUCACAGUAUUUUGAGGGUGUCGUGAAGUGCAGUAAACUGGACAUACUGGAGACCAUUGUGGAUAGAAUAGUAAGAGCUGAGGUCCAUCGGCUGGUGGUGGUAAAUGAAGCAGAUAGUAUCGUGGGUAUUAUUUCCCUGUCAGAUAUCUUGCAAGCGCUGAUCCUCACGCCUCCAGGUGCCAAACAAAAGGAGCCGGAAGCGGAAUGACCGCCGUGAAUGGACAAGCCCUUGGAGAACUUGAACAAAGAUCUGGGUCACGCUUUGCCUCAUGAACACUGACUGCAAUAGAAGAGAGGAAAAUGGCUGAGAACGUAUAUCAGGGUUUAGUGAUGGGUAUUUUUUUCCAGUGAUGCUGAAACUAAGCAUAAAAAAAAUUACUGUCUGUGUUUGAAGAUUCGGGUUUGCAUUAAAAGACUGUUUUCAGACCUUUGUCUGAAAGUUUUCAAAUGCUGUAUGUCAUUUAAGUGCACUGUAUCCUGAAAUGUUUUAUUAUUUUUCAUUUCAAAGAAUUCACUGGGGACAGGUAACGUGACAUAAGGUGAGUGUAUGGCAUAUUCAGUCCUAGUGCCUUAUGUCAGAACUCAGCGGUAUGUCAUCACUACUGCCCAUCGCAGAGGGAGCGUGUACUUGUGUGAAAUGAUCCUGUGCUGGAGUGGGAACGUCUUUGAACCUUUACCAAAUCAGUUUGUUUUCAUUAGAUUUCUUGAACAGCUGUAAUUUGAAGAUAAUUACUUUUUCAAACUUUAAUGACAGUUUUAUGUCUAAGUGUUCCGAACUGUCGUGUAAAUGAGACUGCUUUACAACAGCUUUAUUUAUUUUUACUUUCAUGCAAUUUUUUUUUACACAUCUUUUGGUGGGUAAACGUCACCAUGCCCAUGAAUAAACCAUUGGUGGUUAUUUUUAAGUAGCAGAUUUCUCAUUAUUUAAGUUUGGAUCUGGAAAAGAUGUGACUUUUAAAAUAGCCGCUGUUGGGAUUUCAAAGCUCAAGUUUCUGAAAGCACGCAUGGAAGCCUGCUCUGCUGGCCUGGGAACAGGCAGUGGUUUGAGGAAACAAAGUGCCGGGAAGACGUCUAUUUUUUUCUUGUGUGCUGAAAUGUAAAAUCAUGGUGUCUGUAUGACUGCUGAUGCAAUCAUUUGUGUAAAUCUUAUUGUGGCAUAUACAGUAUUGUCAUACAGUUGAAGAGAAACAAUGUUUCCUAAUGUUAAGUGCUCUGAAAAUGUUGACACUGUAUAUAUGAGUAUAGUUUGUUUUUUUGUUUUGGGGUUUGUUUUUAUUUUCAGAUUGAAAAAUUAAAAUAAAUCUUACUAUCUACCAUUUUGUUAAA